AUGCAAAUCUUCGUCAAAACCCUUACGGGUAAAACCAUCACCCUCGAGGUCGAAUCCUCUGACACUAUUGACAAUGUCAAGUCUAAAAUUCAAGACAAAGAAGGUAUCCCACCUGAUCAACAACGAUUGAUCUUCGCCGGUAAACAACUUGAGGAUGGUCGAACUCUCUCCGACUACAACAUCCAAAAGGAGUCUACCCUCCAUCUCGUUUUGAGAUUGAGAGGUGGUGCCAAAAAGAGGAAGAAGAAGAACUACACCACCCCCAAGAAGAUCAAGCACAAGAGAAAGAAGGUCAAGAUGGCCAUUCUCAAGUACUACAAGGUCGGAUCUGACGGUAAAAUCCAAAGACUUAGACGAGAAUGUCCCGCUCCUACUUGUGGUGCCGGUGUCUUCAUGGCUUGGCACAAGGACAGACAAUCUUGUGGAAAGUGUGGUCUUACUUACACCUUCGAGCCAGGAACCAAACCCACCGCUGCUUAA